GACAGCAACUUUAAAAAAAAAAAGCGUAAGGUAACAAAUGAUCAGUGGUUGCUCUUUAUCUCUCUCAUACUUUGGUUCGACUAGUACGGCCUCUGUCUUCUAUCUUUAUUCUUCUUCUUCUUCCUCGCUGAAACUCAAUCCAACAAGAAGGUUCCUUUUUCAGAACCCUAAAAAUCAUUUGAGAAAGCUUGAACCUUUGAGGUCUGGGAGAUCCCUGGUGAUGGAAUCACACAAAACCCUUUUCGAUGUUGACAAGUUUGAUGAUGAGUUUGUUCAGAAACUUGUUUAUGAUGCUCUCGUUUGGUCUUCUCUUCACGGUCUCGUCGUCGGUGACAAAGCUUACCAGAAAUCAGGAAAUGUUCCAGGGGUUGGAAUGAUGCACGCCCCAAUUGCAUUGUUACCGACAGCAUUCCCUGAAGUCUACUGGAAUCAAGCUUGUGAUGUUACUCCUAUUUUCAAUGAGUUGAUUGAUCGUGUUAGCUUGGAUGGCAAAUUCUUACAGGAUAGUCUCUCUAGAACGAAAAAAGCUGACAUCUUUACAUCUAGACUUCUUGACAUUCACUCCAAGAUGCUUGAAAGAAACAAGAAAGAGGAUAUUCGUCUGGGUUUACACCGGUUUGAUUAUAUGCUUGAUGAAGAAACAAAUUCACUUCUUCAGAUUGAGAUGAACACUAUCGCGUGUUCGUUUCCAGGCCAUAGUCGUCUUGUUAGUGAGCUACACCAGACAUUGCUUCGAUCUUAUGGGGAUCAGCUUGGGAUAGACUCUGAACGUGUACCUAAGAAUGCAUCCACAAGACAGUUUGCUGAUGCAUUGGCCAAAGCUUGGUUUGAGUACAAUAACCCAAGAGCGGUAGUCAUGGUGAUUGUACAGCCAGAAGAACGCAACAUGUACGAUCAACAUUGGCUGAGCAGUACACUGAGAGAAAAGCACAAUAUAGUAGCCAUCAGGAAGACUCUAGCAGAAGUUGAAAAGGAAGGGAGUGUACAAAAGGAUGGAACCCUUAUUGUUGGCGGCCAAGCAGUCGCGAUUGUUUAUUUUAGAUCUGGCUAUACUCCCAAUGAUCAUCCGUCUGAAUCAGAAUGGAAUGCUAGGAUGCUAAUAGAGGAGUCUUCAGCAGUCAAAUGCCCGACUAUAGCUUAUCAUUUAACUGGCUCCAAGAAAAUCCAGCAAGAACUGGCAAAACCAGGUGUUCUCGAGAGGUUUCUGGACAACAAAGAGGACAUUGCUAAGCUGAGAAAAUGCUUUGCUGGGCUUUGGAGCUUGGAUGAUCAAGAAAUCGUCAAGAAGGCAAUCGAAAAACCUGGAUUAUUCGUUAUGAAGCCUCAGAGAGAAGGCGGAGGAAACAACAUUUAUGGAGAUGAUGUGAGGGAAAAUCUUCUGAGACUGCAGAGAGAAGGAGAGGACGGAACUGCUGCGUAUAUCCUGAUGCAGAGGAUAUUCCCAAAGGUCUCAAACACUUACAUGAUGCGAGAAGGCGCUUACCAUAAAAAUCAAGCUAUAUCAGAACUCGGUGUCUAUGGUGCUUACCUCAGGAACAAAGACAAAAUCAUAGUAAACGAGCAGAGUGGCUAUCUAAUGCGCACAAAGAUCUCAUCAUCAGAUGAAGGCGGCGUCGCAGCUGGUUUUGGAGUCUUGGACAGCAUUUAUUUGAACUGAGACAGAUCACAUUCACAAUCAUCCUGAUCAAUUCUUCUUACUGGUUUGUUCCUUUUUCUUCUUGGUUGUUUCAAGAUUUGUGUAUUAAUUCAUGAACAUCAAUAAGACCAGGCAAAGCUCUUUACAAUUCUUUCCAUAGUACCACAAAACAUACAUUAAUUGCUUAUUGUAUAUUAAUGUAUGGAAUAAGAUGCACACUUGUCUGA